UUUCUUAGGGACGGAGUAGGUAGCCAGCUUUCAUGCAUCUUUUUACUCAAAGGCUACAAUAACAAUGGCGCGAGUUGUCAGUUGAUGACCAUCCGUUUUAUUUCUGUUGUGGUUUCAGUUUCUGUACAUUAUAUUUUCUUCGUCAAUAUUUCUGAUUUGGGUGUGAUAGAAUGUAACAUGAAGCCAUGAUUGUGUGACUUAUCAAUGUGCGAACGUUUGGGUCUCGGCAGUCUAUAGCAGAAAUACUGUACGUUCUGUAAAAUACCUCCGAGUCUUCGCAAGGGAUGAAAUUUUUCUAUCCGGCUGAUGAUGGAUUGGCUUCUGCAAUUCGCCCAGCCAUCUAAAACUCGAGAUUCGUGGACGGAGCAACCACACUCAACUCCCCUCGUGGACGGAGACGACCGUCCCCUCACCGUCCGCGAUGUGGGCGACCUCCUGCGCGGGCAGUACGCCAUCAUCACAGGCGGCAAGUCCCGAGACGGGUGCCCCAUCAUCACACUGCCUGACAAGGGCAAUUUCUGCGACCUGAGUGAGGAGGACCACGCCAAACUCAUGACCUACCUAACCUCCGUGCCGCCGCUGCAAGACGGUGACUUGGGUUUCGUUCUCAUCAUUGACCGCCGUAACGAUAAAUGGACCUCGGUCAAAACGGCUUUCGUCAGGAUAGCCAACUUCUUCCCUGGGCUGAUCUCCGCGGUGUACGUGCUGAGGCCGACCAGCUUCUUGCAGAAGGCCAUCUCUGAAGUGUCCUGUAAAGUUUUCAAGGAUGAGUUCAAGUUCAAGGUGGUGGUGUGUGCCGGUGACUCUGAGCUACACGAGCACGUAGACAGGGAUCAGCUGACGGAGGACCUGGGAGGCACUGCGUCCUACUGCCACGACGCUUGGCUCGAACAGAGGAUUGCGCUGGAAAGGUUCAGCGCGAGCACCCAUGAGAUCGGAACCGCCCUAAGAGGCUUCACUCAACGCCUUCAGGAGGUCGAGCUCCCCAGUGACGUGGCCCAGGCGCAGGAACAGCUUGCCAUUCAGGCCGCGGAGUACGCUGUUCUUAAAGACGACCUCCUGUCCGCCACCCGACACGGCGAGUCUCUUCUCGCAUGCAUCAGAAAAUCCAACGCGAAUGCGAACGCCCAAUCCUGCUCAGACGGAAGAGAACCAGCCAACCCCGAUACUUCCAAGUCCUCUGCCCUGAAGAGCAGCCCUGCCAUCAAAGACCGUGGUCUGUCUAAACCAGACCAACAUAUGAAUGGUCAUGGGACAGAUAUAGCCGUAGGGUCUGGCUACUCAACCGUAGACCAGUUGACGUACGUCUCGGCCGUCCAGAGGCUGCUGGUGCAGCUCGACGAGACCGAGGCGACGUUCGACGAGUUCUGGCAGCAGCAGCACGCGAGGUUGACGCAAUGCCUGCAGCUACAACGCUUCGAAGCACAGUUCAAAGAUAUCCUUUGUGAGCUGAAGUGUCGCCUUCAGGAGGCUGAAGCCUUGCCCUCAGUGGCCUCGACUACCCAGCAGGCACAAGACCGUCUCGACAACACGCACAGGUUCAACGACUCCGUCAGGAACGUGCUACAGCGUGCCGCGGAUGUACGAAGUUCGGGGCAGCACCUGAUAGCGUGCCAGCACUACGCCGUGGACAGCAUCAACCCCAAGUGCGGAGAGCUGGCGAAACGCAAGCAGGAGCUCGAAGACCUCGUAGCUCUUAAAUGCAAGACCCUUGAGCGCUGCUUCGCUCUGCACCAGGCCGCAGAUAGAGCGAGCGCUUGGUGCUCGGAGGGCGCGGAGCUGCUGGCGGCGACGCAGCUGGAGAGGUGCUCAGGCCUGGAGGCAGCAGCGCACAGCCUGCGUCGCCUCGACAAGCUUUGCGCAGUGGCUCCUCACGCUCAUCUUGCCAGGACCACCGACCUCUUCAGUGAAUACGAGGACGUCAUCCUGCCUGAUACCAGGGUGAUCCUGCAGCAGAUCGUCAAAAGCGUGGAGGAUGUGACGUUGCUGUGUGAACAACGCAAGUCGGCGCUGAAGAAGCUGUCAGUGCAGUUGUCACGACCUCCUCCAGUGGCUUCUGCAGGAGGAGUCUCGGUAUCUCCUGACCAUGGCAGGAGCAUCCACUUCCAGACCCACCAGAAGCCCUUAAUGAGGAACGGCAGCGAAGGAAGCCUCAUGCACAACGGCGCCCAUCCUGGUGUCAUGGCAGACACACUCAGCCUCGGAGGAAGGCUGAGCGACGACAGCUCCCCGUGUGUGAUGGAAGGCAACGGUGCAGGCAAGGGCAAGAGGAGUCUUGUCUUAAAAGAGCUUCUUGACACCGAGAAAAUUUACGUUUCUGAGCUGUGUUCUGUCCUCAGGGGCUACAAGGAUGACAUGAUGAACCCUGACAUGCAGCACCUGAUCCCCAUCCAGCUGUACGGCAGGAGCGACAUCCUCUUCGGGAACCUGGAACAAAUCUACCUCUUCCAUAACGACGUCUUCCUUAGAGACCUAGAGAACUGCAUCGACACGCCCGAGUUGAUCGGGCUCUGCUUUGUACAAAGAAAGGAAUCAUUCCACCACCUGUACUCACUGUACUGCCAAAACAAACCAGCCAGUGAAGACCUCAGGCGGCAGGUGGGGGACAACAACCUCUUCUUCUCUGAGUGCCAGAGAAGACUUCAGCACAAACUACCACUCGGCGCAUACCUCCUCAAACCUGUUCAGAGAAUCACCAAAUACCAGUUACUGCUUAAGGACCUCCUGCAGUGUGUGGAGGGAAAUGAUGGGCGCGACGCACUACAGGAAGGCGUGGACACGAUGCUGGCAGUUCUCAAGUGCCUCAAUGACUCUAUGCAUCAAGUUGCAAUCACUGCUUUCCCGGGUAGCCUGACUGAGCUGGGCAAGCUGCUGAUGCAAGGGCCCUUCAGCGUGUGGGUUGAGAACAAGCGCGUGCUCAGGGAGCUCAGGAUCAAGCCGGCCCAGCGUCACCUCUUCCUGUACGAAAAGGCGCUGCUCUUCACCAAGAAGACCGGCAAAGAUAACGACAAAGCCAGCUAUCAGUUCAAAUGCGCCCUCAAGAUGUCGCAAGUGGGGCUCACUGAGAGCGUACGGGGCAACAAGGGGGACAUGCGUAAGUUCGAAGUGUGGCUGCAGGGCCGCCAGGAAGUCUACACAAUACUCGCCCCUUCUCUCGAUGUCAAGGAUCUUUGGGUUAAGGAAAUCAAAAGGGUUUUGCUGGAGCAAUUCGAGUAUCUUAAAGGCGAGAACAUCAAACAAUAUUCGGCCAGGAUGCACAAGGGCUCGAGCCUCAACGGCGUUAGGCCUCCUCAGUCCCCGACUGCGCAGCACAGGGCGCUCCGGCAAACGGCGUCUUGGGAAGUAAGCGUCCUGAGCAACGGUGCCGCCCUCCCCUCCAGCAACAGCAACCUCGACGCGGGCGUUGGUCUUGGACCCAUGAUGUCCAUGACGGGCGUGAAGACCGGGCGCGCGGGCAGCAGGACGUCGCUGGUGAGCGGCCUGGACGUGACGGAGGAGAGGCUGACGCAGGACGAGGACGACCACAACUGGUCCUCUGAGUACUCGGCCUCCGAGGAGGAGGACGACCAUGAGAUCUUCUCGGGAGGACAUGAGAUGUCGUCGAAGUUCUUGGUGCUCGCUGACUACACCGCCAUGGGGCCGUCGGAAGUCAGUUUACGAGAAGGCGACCUUGUCGAACUUGUCAAGGUGGGUUGUGCUGGCUGGUGGUACGUGAGGGUCUGCUCUGUGCUCUACGAAGGCUGGGCUCCAGCAGCCUACCUGGAGCGCGUCCUCAAGAAGGCCAAGGGAUCGACGCCUUCAGUGAGCAGUCAAGAGUCUUCCAGCGGCCUUCACCACGCCACCUCCAGGACGUCAGUGGCGUCGCUGAGCAGCAAGUCUGAGGACGCUGCGUGUGAGAAGUGGACGGCGUGACUGACGUCCGGCGCCCAGAUCCUACUUGGGGACUGAGGAUUUCUGGGUCUCUUUACUGCCCGCCUGGGCCACUACGCUUCUGUGAUCCAGAAAUCAAUACUUCACUGAUCGUCUGGGCCAUUUCGUCAUGAUUAACACUUUUGAAUCUUUUGCAUGAAUUUUCGACGCUUAAUAUUUGAUCAAUUAAUAAUUAUUCUCUACUUUUGCUCUAACCUGCCGAAAUAAUUCAUCUUGACUGGCAGAAAUUAUUGCACCGAACUCGCUGAGUGUGCAGUCUUUGGAUCAGCAAUCUAGAAAACUCCAAUUAAUAUUUCAUUUAAAUUACGUCCAUAAUGAUCUUAUCAUCUUCAUUACUAUUUGAAUUUUUUUGUCAUCGCAAUUCAAGAUCACCUGUCUGAGCGAUCCUGAACUCACUGUCCGAAUUCUCAUUUAAGUCAUUUCCACUCAACUCAUUGAAAGCCAGUCAGUCUCACAAAGAUCAAAGGUCAUUCAUGUUGCUAGUAAAUACAUUCCCUGGCUAUGUAUUCACUGCAAACCGGAUUUAGAUUUUGUAGGAUCAUCUUUGUAAUUUUAUGUCCCUGUUUUUUUGCAUCAUACACCACGCUUUCUAAUAACUUUCUCGUAUCUUGGGUGUUACAUUCGCACAAUCUUCAUCCGAAAUCAACUAGAAAAAUCUAGUCUUCACAGGUUUGACUCACCAGCUCAGCGAGCUGUUAACGUUUAACUUGAAUCACAAUAUAUUUUUAUCGUAUUUCGCAGUUUCAUAAGACAUGUUUAUCUGCGAUAUUCAUUUUUGCAUUUUCUGCUUGAACUUUCACGACUUCAUCUCUUGAAAGUUGACUGUGAAUAUUUAAAAGAAACAUGAAUGGAACCUAUGUCACUGUAUCAGAAUGCGAAAGUUUAAUAUUUUACACGAGUUGUUUUAGAACUAUUUUUUACGAGUCAGAUAUUUCUAAGUUUUUUUUUUCUGCUCAAGAAGUGGAAAAUUUCCAACGUAAAUAUUUACUCAAGCGUUUGAUGAUCGUUUAGCGCAGUUUGGUUUAAGGAAAACAUUUAAGUAGCAUUAGUAUUUAAAAGAAGGCUAUUUCUUCUGUUUUUCAUGAAAGAUAUUCGAGCUUAUUUUUUCAGGUAUUUGCUUCAAUGUCUUUGCUCCAUAGCAAAUUGAUCAAAACUGAAUCACAAUGAGACGUUAAUUGUAUUGAUGAAAUCGUACAUUCUCAAGAUUGGGAGGAGUAAUGUUUUGCCACUCAAACUCACAGACCGUUUACAAGUGACUGCAGAUCUGUAACCCGUUUCUCUACUCAUUUUACUACGUGAAAAAUGUUUAGAUUGACUAUUUUACUCUCUACUACGUUUCUGCUCAUUUUCUUGCGUUCAUGAUUAACUUCUAGGCGUUGUUUGCUCACCGAAACACUAACCUAACUUCGUUGCCAAUUAUCUGCUCAAUUUUUCUCUUAACAAUUGCGAAUUUUUUUCACGCGCAAUCUUAGAGUCUUUUCUGACUAACUGAAUCUAAAAAGUAGCUAGGAUAUUCUCUUAACUGAUUAUAAAUAUCGUUGAUGUGAAAAUAAUCAGCGUUCUGAGCGGUCCCAAACCCUCAACUUGCCCGCGUACCGCACUAACCAUGAGGUAAAAUCUUGACCGUUAGACCAUAGUCGGACGCGACCGUUAGGAUGACUCGUAGGCAACCAAUGGCCUAGGGUUGAAGAAUAUGCUGUUUGUAAAGCUGGUAGAAAUGUGGCAUCUGCUGCAUGGUUUUGUUGCGUGAAUAAGCAUUCGGGAAAGCAUUCCGUCUCUUGGGCAACCUACGAAAUAAUUCCCGUUAAGCGUUAUCUAAAAUCUGUGACUUUAGUUGGAGUUACAUAAUGAUGCGUUGAACUCCACAAGAGUUUUGCUUUAGAGGAACUGUACUCGCCCAACGUGUAAUCUACGUGUCUUUGCCGAGUUUCACGACCAUAUUACUGCCAAAGAGAAUACAUUAGGUUCUCUCACUACGGAUUUAUUAGUUUUAAAACAUGUUACUGUUCAUGAUUGCUGUGCAUUGCGGGACACUCCAAUCGCUAGGGCUGUGAUUUUGGUAGGUUAAUAUUGCAUUGUUUAAUCCAUUGAAUCAUUCCUCGGAAUACCAUUUCUAAUACUAAGAUUAUAAUUAUUAGUCUUUAUCUUUAUUUCCGCCUUAAAGUUUAAUAUCAGUGAUGUAAGUAUAAAUUGUAUAUUUCUGUUUAUUAUCGUAAAAUUUUGGUCUGAAAAUUAUUUAUUAUUCGAUGUUAGACCAGAUUUUAGCAAAAAGUUUCACAAAACUCCGAAGCACAUUUUGAACCUGAAAUUUAGCAUGAAACUUAGAGAAACUUGGUAGCAGAUGUUAGAUAUGCCGGAAACUUCGUUCCUUCGAAAAGCGUGUUAACUUGCAAUCUCCAUUUUUUAAGAAUUGCCGUACUUGUCACAAGAAAAAUUUGUACAUUCUUUGGAGUUUUUGACACUCUGAGUUCAGUUCUUUAUUCAAAUUCUAGCUAUGAUUUACCAAACUACUAUAAAUGUAAUAGCUGAUUUUUAUUUCGUCUCAUUCUUUGUGUUCUCAUUUUUUACGUUUAAAAUUAGAAGACUGGAAGAAUUGCUUCUAGUUAUAGCCACAAGACAAUAACCAUGUUGAAACUAUGAUUUUAAACGUCCUAGAGAUAAAUUUGCCCCUAACUUUUUUUAAGAUAAAACUUGCUGUUUCAUAUUAUUCAAUCCAAUAGAUUGAAGGAAUUGAUUGAGUAAAGUUAAAUGAUUCCCAUGGCAUAUAGGAAAUGGGCAAUGGAACUUUUAAUACUUUACUAGGAUACGCCCGCUGGUGUGCAAAUGAGUCUAUCGUCACACCGAGGUUUUGAUUUAGUGUAACCGACAAGUAUGUUUCCGUUUCAAUAAAUAAGUUUUUACUACUCGAUAUUUUAGAAUAUAGCGCUGUAAAUAUUAAUGAAUAAUAUAUACUGGUAUAUAAAGUAUAUUAACGUUAUCAUACAACGGCCAGAACAAAAUUAGGCUUAAACGAUAAGACUUUGCUGUUGCUCAGUCAUGUGGGGCAGCUAGGUGGUGUCAUUGUCACCCAUUGUCUGGGUGGUGUCAUUACGGUGUAUUGCUACUCCUGGAUCACAUAAUACGAUGCUAAUACAUUGAUAAAUUUACCCUCUUAUUGUUAUUGAAAAAAAAUCUAGAAGUUUAGCAGAGAUAUCAUACGACAAGCACGUGUUGAGUUUCGUGCCUACCGCGGAUUCAAGAUUUAACCAAGAUGAAUCCUAAAUGUCAUCCGGGGUUCUGGACAGGCUCUUUUCGCUCCGUUUUUAGUAAUUUUCUCAGUAAUUAAAACUUUUAAUAUGUACUGAAUAAUUCUGCAUGUUCACUACACAGUUCCAAUCAAUCUGAUAUACUCAGAUAGGUGUUUCAAAAAACUUUAUGAAAGUCAAUAAUGUUAGAGAGUAAUUCCUUGUCUAGUCUAUAACAAUUAAUAUGAAAUCAUAUAGCAACCAUUUCUUGUUAAUUUCAUGUCUUGUUGCCCUUCAACCGAGUUUUAGGAUCGAUUGCAGUACAUGAUAUCAGUAGAGUCAAUCAUCUACGUUAUACGAGUAUAAGCAUAUUGUUUCUCAUGAAUUUUGCUAUUUCAUGAAUUGAAUAACCAAGUCUGACAAUGUAGGCAAUGAAUUUUAUACUACAUGUGCAUUCCUCGCAUGUCUGCAUGUUACCGAGCCCAUGUGAACAUAACCGAAGAAUUUUUUAGAGUAGCGACGAUUUUAUAGGCACGAAUGGUGACGGUAAGAGCAGGGAGGCUGCGCUGUUCGUUAGCACAAAUCAAGGGAACUUCCAAUUAACGAUAAAGUUUACAGUUAGAUUUUCACUUCAAAUAGUUGCUUUUUGUACGUACGCCUACGUAGUUUCCCAUUGCAAUCAGUGGCAGAAUUUUGAUCAUCAAUUUUCCUGAUCAGCCUGACAAUAGACGUAGAUAUCUGC